CAAGAGGGGAAAUUUAGAUUUAAAAUCAGUUUUUGGGUAGCUACUCUUAUUAUGCUUGUUGCAGUAUCAAACUCUGCUGUACUUGGUGGAGAUGAGAAUUCAGAAUCACUGGUAGAUACAGCAUUUUAUAGUGUAAAUCAUGGGGUUUAUGGUUUGGGUGACAUGGAAAAUGAUGAAUGGACAAUGGUGCAGAAAAAGGGGAACCAGUUUGUGGUUAAUGGCCAACCUUUUUAUGUAAAUGGGUUCAAUACUUACUGGUUGAUGGUAUUUUCUGUGGAUCAAUCUACAAGAGGAAAGGUCAGUGAAGUGUUCCAGCAGGCAUCUUCUGUGGGUCUCACACUAUGUCGGACAUGGGCUUUCAAUGAUGGCCAAUGGAGGGCUCUUCAGAAAUCUCCGUCUGUUUACGAUGAAGAUGUCUUUAAGGCGUUGGACUUUGUUGUAAGUGAAGCCAAGAAGUACAAGAUCAGGCUAAUAUUGUCGUUUGUUAACAAUUGGCAAGCUUAUGGCGGCAAAGCACAAUAUGUUAAAUGGGGUAAAGCUGCCGGCCUAAAUUUGACUUCUGAUGAUGACUUCUUCUCUCAUCCAACUCUCAAAAGCUACUACAAGGCCCAUGUUAAGACAGUGCUUAAUCGAGUCAAUACUCUCACCAACAUAACAUACAAGGAUGAUCCUACAAUUUUUGCCUGGGAACUGAUGAAUGAGCCUAGGUGCGAGUCAGAUACAUCUGGGGAUAGGCUGCAGGCUUGGAUAGAAGAAAUGGCAGUUUAUGUGAAGAGCAUUGAUCCAAGGCACCUGGUAGAGAUUGGAUUGGAAGGAUUUUAUGGUCCCUCAACACCUAACAGGGCUCAGUUCAACCCAAAUACAUAUGCUCAACAAGUUGGGACUGACUUUAUCAGGAACCAUCUGGCUCUUGGGGUUGACUUUGCUUCUGUUCACAUUUAUGCUGACUCUUGGAUUUCACAAUCAAUUUCGGAUAAACAUCUUGAAUUCAUCAAGUCAUGGAUGCAAUCCCACAUUGAUGAUUCUGAGAAGUUCCUUGACAUGCCGGUUCUUUUUGGGGAGUUUGGCGUAUCUGCAAAAGAUCCUGGUUUCAAUUCAUCAUUCCGGGACACCCUCAUCAGCACAGUGUAUAAGACGCUUUUGAACUCUACUAAGCAAGGAGGGAGUGGGGGUGGAAGCCUUUUGUGGCAGCUGUUUCCCGAAGGGACAGACUACAUGGAUGAUGGUUAUGCAGUUGUUCUUUCAAAGUCCCCUUCAACAUCAAACAUCAUGUCUCUUCAGUCUACUAGGCUUAUGACCUUCAACUCCUUGUGUUCUCGGAAAUGCCAUUGGGGUUGCAAGAAGAAGCAUGCCUUAGAGGCGUUUCUCCUCCAUGAUGAACUUUAAAAUGUUAUGUUCACAUAAGCAUCCAUGUCAUUGUGGAUUGUGAAUAACGAAGUUAUUGGGAAAUAAAACUGUUACCAAUGGUUGCUUAAUGGCAAUGUAGAUGCCAAUUGUACUAUUUCCUAUCAUGCAAUUGUUGUUGAAGAUUAACACACUGAUGUGGAAGCUUACCAAAGGGUUUAUCCGAUAGAACAUUCUCUUAUGUGGGUCUCGAAGGAGAGAAGGAAAUGAAUUUAGGGUACUGGUGGAAAAAAAAAAAGUUGCAGUAGGGUGUACCAGAGAAGCCAUCAGUGCUUGUCAAGAAGCUUACUAUGGCGCGAGUUGUUGGCUAUCAACAAGGGCUUUAAUUGGAUCUAGCAUAAAAGACAGCAAUUUCACUCAGCAGGCGUGGAUAUCGUCAAUUGCAAAAUCUAUGUUCCUAUGUUUUAUAUAACAGGGCAUCACCAUUACAUGCC